AUGACGGAGUUCUGGCUGAUUUCGGUUCCUCUGGAUAAAAUCAGCUGUCAGUCUUUAGAGAAACUCAAACGGGUCUCAGCCAAAACCGGUCUGGCCACGAGCUCCAGAAUCCACAUCCCAGAGCUGAAGGUAGGAACGCUGGAUGUGCUGCUGGGGGUCUCUGAUGACUUGUCCAGACUGGACUCCUAUACAGAGGGUGUGAUGCGUCAGACCUCUCAGUGUUUGGGUGAGGUGAUGGAAGAGUUCAGUGGAAAACUCCUGGAGAGCAUGCUGGCCAACGGAGUGGAUUUGGCAACAUAUGUGACCAGUUUUCAAUGGGACAGAGCCAAAUACCCCACUGCACAGCCUCUGAAAACCCUCUCUGACAUCAUCUCCAAACAAGUUUCUCAGGUGGACACCGAGUUGAAAUCCCGCAGGGCAGCUUACAGUCACGUGAAAGCCAGUAUUCAAAGCUUUGAGCGAAAAACUGAGGGAAGCUUGCAGACCUGUGCAUUGACCAAUAUCGUGAAAAAGGAGGACUUGGUUUUGAAUUCAGAGUACCUCACAACACUGCUAGUUGUGGUGCCCAGAAUGGCAUAUGCACUAUGGGAGAAGAUGUAUGAGUCGAUGUCAAAGUUUGUGGUUCCUCGUUCCAGCUGGUUGUUGGUUGAGGAUGCAGAUGCAGGGAUUUUCACAGUAACCCUGUUUAAGAAUGUCAUUGCCGAAUUCAAAACCAAUGCCAAAAAGCACAAGUUUACAGUGCGGGAAUACAACCUGGAUGAAGCAGAGAAGCAAAAGCAGGAGAUAGGCCGUCUCGCUGUGGAUAAGAAGGAACUGUAUAGAACAUUUGUGUGCUGGCUAAAGGUAAAUUUCAGUGAGAUCUUUGUGGCCUGGAUUCACAUUAAGGUCCUCCGUACAUUCGUUGAGUCAGUUCUCAGGUACGGUCUGCCGGUCAGUUUCCAAGCUAUUUUGCUACAACCCACUAAGAAGAGUAAGCAGCUAAGGCAGCAACUCAACUCUUUAUUCAAACACCUCGACCCAGCAGUGGCAACCGGUAAACCAGAUGUGGGGCUUGAUAUCCCAGAUGGAAACACCAACCAGCAGGAAUAUUACUCCUACAUCUGUUAUCCUAUCAAAAUUCAUUUGGUGGAUCCAAAUUAAUGCUAAAUCAUAGAAUAACGUUAUUUGGCAGUCAUUGUUUUGCAUCUUGCAGAUUUAAAUAA